AUGUCGACCGAAGACCUGUGCUCGCUGCUGAUGGAUUCUGGACUAUCGAUGGUUGAGUGCAGAUGGCAAGGUGUGAAGUUAGAAGAAAGUAGUAGUGUUGAUUACAGAGGUGAGAGCGAGAUAAAACGUUUCGGUCCAUUAAGUCAUAUACGUCUUAACUCAACACUGCGACUGGACCUCGUCAGUGUGACUGUCGCAAGCGUCGGCAUGGGCAUUGUGAAAGCACAAGGAGAAAAGAUAAUAACUGAGCGCAUCGUAAAUGGCAUGAUGAAGCAGUUUCGUAAACGAAGUGCAGAAAUCAGCGGUAUGAAAAUUUUGAACGAGGCCACAUCCGUUAACGAAUGCGAUCACUUUGCUGGAGUUUAA